UAGUGUGUCAUGUAUAUAUCCCGACGUCGGCAAGUAGAGAAAAAUAGUUAGCUAGGCUUGUCUUCUGAGGUAGUCGGGAGAGGCUGCGGUGCUAAAUUAGUGAACAAAAAGAAAGAAUACAUAACAGUAUUUAUGACUUUAUUUAUAUAACUCUAUAUAUGCUGUCCAAAUAUUAUCAUAUUAAAACGUUAGAAACGAAUUUCCUCCGAGCUCUCUUGCAUUAAAUGGAGGAGAAGAAGGAAGACGGGGACUCGGAGAUACAGGAACACGGACCGGAGCACUGGUUCUCAAAAUGGGAGCGGCAAUGUUUAGCCGAAGCCGAGACGAUGGACCCGGGCGAGGAAGAGGCCGACAAUGACCAGGAUAAACUCUGGCAUCUCUUCCAGAACUCCGCCACUGCCGUAGCCCAAUUAUACAAAGACAGGGUAUGCCACCAACAGGGCCUGUCAUUGUGGGUGCCAUUUCAGAAUGCUGCUACUGCAGUAACCAACCUUUACAAAGAAAGUGUUGAAGCCCAUCAGAGAAGUUGUGACCGGGGCAUCCAGAUAGGUCACCAACGGCGUAACAAGGAUAUGCUGGCCUGGGUGAAAAAGCGCCGAAGAACCAUUCGCAGGGAGGAUCUGAUCAGCUUCCUGUGUGGCAAAGCCCCGCCACACAGGAGCAGCAGGACCAACUCUCGGCUGGCCAUGGUGGCCCCCAGCAGGGCUAAUUCCCCAGCUGAGACCGGCUCAUCUGUGGAGACGGACCUGCAGCCCUUCAGGGAGGCCAUAGCUCUGCAUGGUCUGAGCGGCGCCAUGGCGAGCAUCAGCGUGCGCUCUGGCGCUCCGGGUUCCCCGACGCACGUGAGCGGGAGCAGCAGCAACACGGGGAGCGUGAGCGGCGGCGGCGGCGCGUCCUCCGGCUCCGGGCCUGUGUGCCGCAGCAGGCGCAACGGCCUCCAAGACGUCGACCUGAACACUUUCAUUACAGAGGAGAUGGCCCGACAUCUGGACUCUACUGGCGCCGGUGCCGCCGGGGGAGGAGGAAACAGGAAGCGCAACUCCACCCAGUGCAGCGACGUCAUCACGGACUCCCCCACGCACAAACGCAACAGGGUGAUCUGAGGUGUCGCCUGCGUGAUUAAGGUGGGAUGAAGUCUUCAAAGCCAGAAUGGACGGACGGAUGGGUCUUUUUAGUACAUAUGUGCUGAUGUACAGACUUCCAAACAUCUGGACUGGAAAUGAAAGUGAGGCCUGAAGGCUCUCGGUUGCAUUUGUUCAUGAAUUGUGUUCCUUGUCUCCUUUUCCAACACUAAGUACAAAUCCACAAUGAGAGCAGUGUGUGUGUGUUUGUGUGAGAGAGAGUGUAACUAAGUGGGAAGUUUGGACGGCCUCACACAUUCCUCAGACCAAGCUGCCCUGGAAAGGAGUCAAAGAAGGAGGUCACUUACUAAUUCUGGGAUGCCGACGGUUCUCAAUGAGCGGAAAGUACGGCGUGCAGCUCGACGAGCAAAAAGCCACUUAAUCUCUGACACGCGUGUGCGCUUCCCUCCCUCAGUCUGUCAUCCCCCACCCAUCACCUUAAUAAGGAAGAGAGGGCCAUGAUCAAACGUCGGACUCACCAAAAAGAGAAAGAAAAAAACAAACAAACAAAAAAAACAAAACGGACAGAGCAUGUCGAAGGCUCGACGUCAGACGGUGUGUUUUCUGUUACUUCCUGUUGCCUGACAGCGCUGCGGCUCGUUCACCCAGCAUCACAUCAGUGGCAUUUGUAGCCAGUUGCCGGGCGGAUGAUGUCUAGCAGGUGGAGAUUAAUGUUUGGACACUUAGACCAUGUUUUUUCAUCUUUCUGCUGGUUCCGCUUUGGGUGUGACUCGAUGUUCUGCGGUUGGUUUUCCUCUCUUCGCCCAGCAGUGUUAAAGUUACAGGCUCAUCGCCUCCCUGCAGCUGGAACAGCCAAGUGGAUUCUACACAAAUCUUUUUUUUUUUUUCUUUUUUGUCAUAUUAUUAUGAUAAUGGAAAUUGAGUCUUAUGCCCUUCCUUCUCUUUCCCUGCGUGUUAUCAUGAGAUCCGCUGCAGUUUUAUGUGCUCGUGUGACAAUUCUGAUGAGUUGCAAUAAAUAUUUUAGGUUUUUUUUGCACUUAGCCUUCACCUCUGACUCAUGCAAACAAAUCGGCACUUCCACUUUCCUCCCCCACUUGAAGUUGGUCUUUAACCCCCAGCAAGUGCUUAAAAAGUGAGUAAAACAUUUGAUUCCACCCAAUGGAGCAUUUAUGCAUACAUCCCUGUGUGAGAAAUUAUUUAAUUUAUUAUAAAUAUCGUAUUGGAAACUUGGUGCACAUGAAUCGCUCUUAAGCUGGACUUGUGUGUCGAAGCACUUGAUAGGAACGGGGGGUUUUUUUAUGUUCUUUUUUGCCACUCGUAUAAAACAAUCAUUUUUGUGUUCACUUCAUUCAUAAAGUGGUUGUUGCUUCUCCUCUACUAAUAUGGAUUACAUCAGACACUGAGGUCACAUAAAUGAAGAAAUUUGAUUGUUUUUGGUUCAAUGAAUAGGAAAUGGACAUGGAAGGAGUUUAUCAGAUUGAAAAAAAGAGCAGUGCAGCCAAACGUGAACUUGUCUGUGGUUGUAAUAAUACCAAUAAUUAGAUAUGCACUGAUCAGUCUUUUCCUGGUUGAUUCAGUUUUUUUUUUUCUUUCUUUGUAAGGACUAAAUAAUUUUUUUUUAAAGUAAGAAAUUAAAGCAUUGGAAUCCAUUUAUGCAUCAAAAGCACAGAUCCUGAACCAUUAUCUGAUUUUUGGUGAACUCGGAAAUGAAUCAGAAUACGGGCUGGUGCAUUUAUGGACUCAAAAAGGUGGGAGUUCUUAAUUUUAUACACAUUUAAUAGGAAAAAAACAAACGUGACUGAUCAACGCCAGCUGAAUGAAGCAAAGCAGAUGUAACACCUGUUUAUAAGUUAGAACAUUCUGAGACUGAAAGUUUUUCAUUUUGCUGACUUGAUGUCUCAUGCUCUCUGCUCUUCUUUGUGACUUAGUUCACUCCUUUCGGAUUAUUAUUUUCUUUUAAGGAUUAAAAAUAAUUAAGUUUUCUUUAAAGUGGCACGGCAGGGUAUGCUGCUUUCGUCGCAGAUUUCAUUGUGUUGAUUAUUAUGACAUUUUACAUUUAGCUGCUGCUGGCUGAAGGAAGAGCUGAUUUGUCGAUUCUGUCGAAGCAAAGUCCAGAACCUGGAGUUUUAAAUUGAUAUUUGUUGAAACUUUAGGUGGAAAUGGAAAGAACGUCCUGGUCAAUAGGAAGUAGUUUUGUCAGGUUUUCCUGUUGCCAUAAUGUUAACAUUUCAAGUUGGUUGUGGUUCAAGAUACUGAGGAGGAAUCUGAAGUGAAUCCUGACCUGUCCACAUCCUCUCUGGUGUCAAUGUCCCACUGACACUCCAUUUUGGUGUUGGUAGGGUAUCUGACUGAAAACUGAGAGCAUUGACCACCUUCUGUUGUUAUGGCAACGUGUUGGUAAAGGAGAUGGCGUUUUUCUUACCAGGAGAUUUAAAAAAGAUUUUUUUUUUCAUCUUCCCUAAAGUUGAACUACGUUACCCACAAUUCCGAUUGUUAUCCAAGCCCCUGUUCAAGUUGCCAGCCCGUUUCCUAUUUUUUGGUUUGUUUAGAGUUGACAUGUUUUUGUUCUUUUUCUCAGUCGGUCAUGGCCUUCAUCACCUUCAUCAGACUGACUCAUGCCACAUGAUGUCUUCAGAGCCAAAACUAUGAUCAGCUGUUUCUGGAUACUUAUUUGUCUAAAAUAAGAUAAAUGGCUAAUCUAUAUACUUAACAAAUAAUUGUUGGUAUGAUAUAUGUGGUUCACAUUGUAAAAUAAAUAAAGCAGUUCAGUUGAAAUGGUA